GCCAAAUAUCCAAGAUGGCUGCGCACAUGAACAGAUGACCAAUGUCAAAAUAAUUUGACGUUUUUAUGAAAACAGAUACCAAAAUGCUGAAGCAGAUAGUGAAGAGUGUAUUUCUGUUAGCAUCUUCAGCAGUGGCUGUGCCAUAUACGGUGGCAUUCUUAUGCAAUGUCCUAUAUGGAUGGCCACAGUCUCGGGACAAGUACAAACGAGCAUUCCAUCCACGAAAAGUGUAUGCUCUAAACUAUGCUGUGUUGCAGAAACUGCUCAUCUUUAAGUAUGCCCCGUUGUACUUCAGAUGGAAAUUUUUCUACAGCAAUGCUGAUCGCUCCAUCCUUGCUAAGGAUUUGUCUUACGGACGCAAUGACCGGACAUUAGAUGUGUAUUCCCCGUUUCCCCACAACCCUGUUGAGCUGCGCCCAGUGGUGAUCUUCGUUUUCGGGGGGGCGUGGGGAUCGGGGGACAAGAGCAGGUAUGGAUUGCUGUGCAUGCAGAUUGCAUCCAAACUGGGGGUGAUUGUCUGCUGUCUCAACUACUCACUGUAUCCACAGGGCUAUGUGGAUGAUAUGGUGCAGGAUGUGGUGGACGGGAUCAACUGGGUGCAUGAGAACAUCCACACGUACGGAGGCAACAAGGAUCAAAUAAUGCUGAUUGGCCACUCAUCAGGGGCCCAUCUGUCGUCCAUGGCAAUUCUGGAAUUGUUGCACGACGAACGCAUACAGAUCCAGCCCUUCAAGGGGAGGCAACUCCAGUUUGACGACCAACACUACACAGGAUCCAACAACAACAGUAACGGGGAGGAACAGGAAGGUCAGGAGGGCAGCUCCGGGUCUUCCGAGUCCUUCGCCCUCCUCAGUGAUAAUGGGGACCAGCACACUAAUGACAUUAAUAACAGUGCAACGAGUACGUUCGAAGUCCUCAAUGGGCAGCAAGCAGGCAAAGAAUCCACUAUGGCCAGCAGUGAGAGCAGACCCUCUGACGACAGUAUGGACGUCAUGGCAAGUCCCACGGAGGAGGGGGCUGAGCAGGUGGGCGUGGCUGAGGGAGGAGGUGGGGAGGAGGAGGAAGAGGAGGAUAGUGGGGACGAUGACUCAGUUGUGACUGUUCGACCCAAGGAUAUUGAAAGACAUGCUACCCUGGUGGAUCUGUGCAAGUCGGUUAAAGCAUUUGUAGGUUUAGCUGGCGUCUACAACAUCGCCGACCACUACGUCCAUGAGUAUGGGCGGGGCGUCGAGGACAUCUCCAGCAUGGGGAGAGCCAUGUAUGGGGAGGAUCACUUUGAGAGGUUUUCCCCCACAGUCAUUAUUAAAAACCUGGGCAGGAGUAUCAGCCUACCAAAGAUGGUGCUUGUCCAUGGAACAGAAGACAAAGUGGUUCCAUUGUCAUCGACAACCAGAUUCAGUGAUGCACUAAGUGACAUUUUCUCGGACGUGACGGUGCGGGUGUUGCCAGGCUGCGACCACUUCGAUAUCAUGCUUGACCUCAUGAUGCCAGAGCGCCGGUUCUAUGACUCUGUAAUGGGGAUUCUCAUGGAAACAUGCAAGAAAGUGUUUUGAUGGCAACUUUGGAAUAGUUUAAUCUAAUCUGGCCAGUGCUUGAACAAGUCAUUGUUAUGUUUUAAUUAUAUUUGAGCUAAUCACACCAUGUUAACAGCACUGUUUUGGCUUGGUAGAAUUUCAUAUGUUUAGAUGAGUUGUUUUGUUAUUAAUCAGGCAAAACUGCUUUGAAAGUGAAUCUUGUUUACAGUGUGUGUAGGCUCUGUUUUCUUGUUGAUGGAAUCAGGUAAUAUAGAUAUAAAUUUUAUUAUAUGUUUAUUAUUGAGUAAUUUGCGGUUGAAAACUGAUUAUUUCGCACAUUUUGGUAUUUCAAGCCAAAUAAUACAAAUUUUGUCCUUAAAAUAUAUGUCAGUUCCCAACCAAUACCACAUCCAUCUGUUAUGUUGAAGCCAAGAAAAAUAUUGAUCAUUCGUUGUGAAUUGCAGCACUCUGCCAUUGAAUAGUCAAUAUUCCCCUCCGCUAGAUCUCCCGUGACUCUUAAUGUUACCAAAGAUGUGACACAGGACACGCUAUCCUUUCAAAAUGGCCUCCAUUCUGCAGCAGACGCAGGAAGACCCUGCUGGAGACAUUGCCCGCCAUCUGAACACAGCUUGUUCCCUGUUCUGUGUCCGUAAGCAGUAGUCAGGGGACGUAGACUUCGUAUAUCAUUCAUCACCACUCGCCCCUUUCCGUCACCUGCAAGAAGACUCGUCCCCCUAUCGAUGAAUGUUAUGUGCGAAAAUACGACAAACCAAUCAGAAUGCGCGUAUGAUUUCAAGUUCUACAUCAAAGAAUCCCUCAGAAAUAAUUUUUGAUUUUACAUAUGUCCUGCGUCUAAAAAUAUACCCAAGACACAGUUAAGUGUGUUCAAUCACACUGUAUAACUCCGCACGUCCCGAUGUGCUUUAAAUUGCAUCUGAAAUAUAUGUGAACCAUUACGCAACGAGUUGACAAUUGUUUUAGGUAUGCCCGUUUGCGCCAAGACGGAACCCGGUCGCACAAAAUGGCCAUGAGAGGGGCACGAGUCGCUAUUCGGCUUGUCCUGGAAUAACACGAGUUGGUCACGAAUGUUCAUAUAUGUCCAGUGUGUCUGUUGUCACGUGACCACUGUAUGGAGCGUACAACCCAGUAUUGAGGGUCUCAGUUCCAUGCUGCACGGAGGCAUCCCUCACUGGUAACAUAAUAUGGUAAGGCCACGUCAAUUGUCACCUUGUUUCACAGAUACAUCUUUCCUAAUUCUUGGUAAGGUAAACAACUCAUUAAUGAUUGAUGUGGUUUUUUCAAAUCAUGUACAUGUACUUGUGUUUUUUUCAUUUUACACAAGAGGUUCUUUAAAGAAAAGAAAAGAAUUAUUAAAAUUUAUUAUUUCAAAAUCAUAUCUUUAAUUCUUAUCAUAUUUACUUUCCAUGGAUCUUUUGUUGUUGGACAGGAUCAUGUUCAAGUCAUAUUUGGACUGUUAUUAUAGUCUGGAAACUUUGUAGAACACGAACAGAUAUCGAUCUGGCAUUAUAAAGUAUAAUAUUCAAAAGAAAUAAAAGUACACCCAAUUCUUUCAUAAAACUAGUGUAAUCUGACAUGACAGAUUAAUUAUAGUGUAAUGAAAGAAUCAUGACCUGAUAGAUUAAAUAUUGUGUUAUAAAAGAAUCAGAUGUUCUUUAACAUUUUUAAGUAGUAUAUUAGCACAUACAGGCAUAUAUGUAGUGUCAAUAUAUACUGUGAAUGAUCAUUAAACCUUUUUUUUCUUAUGAAAAACAUGGAAAGGCUAAUUUAUUGGUUUGGGUUUUCUUAUUGUCAAGAGUAGGUGUACAGUUUUGCAUUAUUUUGUUUGAUUUCCUUAUGUUUGGGAUGAAAGAGAAAAUGUCCAAAUGGAUCUUGGUUGAUGUUCUGGUAGCCUGUUGUACUUAAUGUCCGAGGAUAGACAAGAGGAAAGUGUAUAGAGUUCACAGGAAAAACACCCUGACUUCAUAUUGUCAUAGUAGAAACAAUUCUGAUGAUAAAAUUUAAUCAUUUUGUUUUUGCCCCAAAAUUUUUUGAAGUACUUGACCUGAUAACUUCAUUUUCUUGAUAAUACAUGUAGUAAGCUGACAAGACCGAAACUAGCUUAUUGUGUGCCAAUUAUUAGUUGUGUCUAAAGCAGAAAUAAAUCUUUUUUAUUUAUUUAUAUACCUUUGCCUGAAAUCCAAGAAUAUAUGUCUAUAUCUGGUUUGAACUUAAGCUUAGAAUAUUCUACUUUAUAAUCCGACCUGUGACGAGGACCCAGCAGUAAUGAAGACUGUAAUAAUGAAAGUUAAAUUAAAAUGUCCUGGUCUUUGCACGGAUGUUAAAAGUUGGGGGCCCUAAACUUAAAUACUACAGGAGCAAACCUCAAGGACUCAAUGACCGCCUUCAUUUUGAAAACUAAUACAGUAUUGUAUCACCACUUUCAUACUAAAAUAUAUAUGGCUUCCCAUCAAUUUUGAUCAUCAAAGCCCGAUGUCAGAUUUUUUUAACUGCACCUUUAAUACAUUGCAGAAAUAUAUGGGCAUUUUUAGCUAUAUUGUCUUGGUAUUGAUAAGUUGCGUGAAUAAUGAUGUAUUAGUCCAUCUUCCAGAGGCAAGGGAGUUAACUCACUAUAAGAGUCCAGUUUCCACCCUUGCUGAACUAGGCUGGCGUUAUGUUUUGGCUGGACUAACGAGUCUAUGCAUAGACCAAUCAAAAUCGCAUAACUAAAUUGUCAUCCGGUACGUAAAGUGCUGUGCAGAUUUCGGGUGAUUGCAGGAUUUGCACAGCAUAUGUAUCGCCAAUUUGGCAUCAACAGAUAUUUUCUAUUUUUUUCAUGAAUUAAUCAAGGUGCUCACAUGAUUUGAUGCACUUCGCAAAUUUUAUUUUAAAGCAAAUGCAAGUGAUAUGAGAGGUGUAAUCUGAUUGGUCAAUAGGACAGACAUAGAAGGGACAUAACUCAUAAUAGCCACUGUUAAUUGGCGCUACAAUCAAGUCCAUAAAUUCCAACCUAGUUCGGCAAGGGUGGAAACUGGACUUUCAUGGUCAGUUAACUCCCUUGCCUUAGGAAGAUGGUAUUAAUCAGGCUAAUCUCCAUAGUAUGGCAGUGUUUAGUAUUAAGCAUUAAGUCAAUGGGUCCUUGUCAUAGCUGUGAUGUUGAAGACUGACGGUGUCCCUAGAUUCAAAUACCGGUACUACAGGACCAAACCCCUAUGAACCCUUAAUUGUGAACACAGUGUGCUAUUUUCAGCAAGAUGGAGUGCUAUGGUGUUUCAUUGUAUAGAUGUUAUGUUUUCGCUGAAGCAAUUUCAUUAUAAUCAGAUCUAUUACUCCCAAUACAUUUUUACCCUUGAGGGAAGAUGUGAGGACCCCUCCACAGGAGGUUGUGUCAGGUGAACCCAUUGUAAAUGAAGGUCAGGUUGAGUGGGUUUUGGAGCUAAUCACAUGUCAGCUUUCUUAAAUCAUUUGGCUUCAUUCCUUUCCCUCUUUAGAAUUUAGAAUAUUUCCCUUCAAAGGUACUCCCUUCUGGGUGUAGAUGCAACGUGCUCAGAAACGACAGUAUAAAAUAACUACAAUAUGAUUGCCUUAUUCAUGUACAUUCGGAACUUAUCCUUUCAGUUUGUUUAUGAGUCAGAUUGAUACAGAAAUCAGAUAUGCUAGUCUACAUGCUUCACUCGUACUGAGAAUUUAGAAGCCUUGAAGCUGAUUGGCUGCAUAGGAAAUCCACUGGCAUGACCUCUCAUGUAAAUUAUUGGAUUUCAAUGAGAUUGUUGCUUCAGCUCAUUUAUAUAUGUCGUGGGUUCUGUAUGUGAUCAUUUAGGAGUCGUAUGUUGCCAUGAAUCCGUGCAAUGUUACAUUGAAUUACAUACCUGAAAAGGUCUAUUGUUUUCAUAUCAAGUUUCCUGCAAUUGCCUCAGAAACUUUAGAUUUUCAGUUUUAUUGUUUUACAGUUUGAUAUAAGGUAUUUAGUUUUAGUUGCUUUCUUUGUGGAUCUGUCGAUCCAAAUUUCACAAAUGUUUUAUUUCUGUUAAAUAUUUCAGUAUCCUGGUAAAUAGUUCAGUAGUGGAUAAUAUUCAAAGUAGUUGAUAAUGGAAAUGAAAACAUUUCACUUUUGAAGAAAACUAUUUCACUGGUUAUUUUUACUAAUUAAUCUUUGUCUUGAAUGUUUUUCUGCAAAUGCGAAGAUUAUGAGUCAUCUCUUUGAAGAAAACGCAGAUGAUGAUGAUGAUGAUGAUGAUGAUGAUGAUGAUGAUGAUGAACACAGUAUUGUAGGUGUUUGCUGUGGAGUGUGCAAGUGAGUAGCGUUCUGCAUGUUCGGAGUGAUUGUUGUGAAUAUUUGUUACAUAUGGCCUCGACUCAGGUUUGUGGGUUCCUGGAUGCUGUCAAGUGUCCUUGGUAUUAUGUUUGUCUUUUUACUUGUACUAUUCUGCUUGGGAUGUACGCUGAUUGUUGUGUUUUGUCAUUCAGUUUAUACACAAGGUGUUUUAAUAAGUGAUUAUGCAGCUAAUGUCAAUGCAAAUCAUUGUAGAUUUUUUCAUUGAUCAUGAAAUCACAUAUAUGCAUUUUCUAAACCGAUAUUUUGAUGGUCGAAAUUGAGAUUUGAGAUGACAUUUAAUUUGCUUUAAGAAAUGAAUGGGGUUUGACUUGAAACUCGGCAAUGUUACACCUAUUUCAUAUAUAUAUAAUAUAGUCCUCACAAACAAGGGGUGGACAGUGUGAGCAACCAACAGUACAUGCUGAAAUGCAGUCAAUGUGAUCCCAAAUCCAGAUACUAUUCAUAUUGAGUAGCCAUUGGUGACCGCACAGUCCCCAUUCUAGAAAAGGGCACUGGAGAAUUCCUGUGCCCUGAAAUACCCCAAAGAGAUCUAUGGUGCUGAAUAGUUUCUGAUUAUUGAUACACCAAGGUUCUGCUUGCAACACAUGCCUCUAUUGGUUUCCAGAACGUUAAAUGUCUUUCAUGACUUGAUGCAGUCAGUACAUGAUUUUUUUAUAGCAGCCAGCUGCCAUUUUUAAUAUGAAAAUGGGUUCUGUCUGGCUGUUGUCUUGAUUCAGAAAGUGCUAAUGAUUUCUUUAUGUUGCCUGUAAACCAAAACAAUCAUAAAGUUUCAUGCUUCAUGUAAAGAGAGUUUUUAAAAAUAUAUGUUACCUUGCCAUAUGUAUGAUGUCUAAGUAAUGCAUAAUCCGUGUGUGUUCACUGUCUGCAGUUGUGUUGUAUGUCACUGAUAAUGGGUAACAUAUUUUAUAGGGCUGGGACGGGUAACUCGGGUACCCGGGUCGGGUGGGUACUGAGUAGGACCUGGGUACCCACAGGACUACACUUCAGUGUAUGAAUGACCAGAUUGUUUAAUAUAUAUAUCUAAAUACGUUUUGCCAGGGCUAUGCUAAAAAUGUUCUCGGACAUUUUGAGACAUCCUAAUAGGGUGGUGGGUACCCGGGUAGUAAAUUUGGACUCGUCCCAGCCCUAAUAUUUUAGUAUAUAAAGUGUCUAUUUCGGAACAUCCAAAUAUAGGUGAGCUCAGUCGUUUGUUUUACUUUUUAUUUAUUUAAAAUGGUUUUUUAUUUAAUUUUGUGUGUGUGUGGGGGGGGGGGGAACGGAAUUCGCAAUAUUUCAAUAUUAAAACAUGGUAAAAGCCUUCUUUCAAAUUAUAAAAACUGGUUUAUCUAUAAUGAAGCACAACAAAUGUACGAUGCAAAUGGCAUAAAAUAUGGACAAUUAUGGGAUAGUGAUACAAGUUAUGGUUCAGUUCAGUAUAAAAGGUUUGGGAUCGAGGACUCCUGAUUCGGGUCGGUCAGGUGAAGGGGGUGUAACGAUACAUCACCAGUGCACCAGUUUCAUGAGAUGAUGAUACGAUACACAAUAUUUCUUUUCUGUAUUGAUGCAAGACGAUAAACUUGUUAAAAUAAUUACUUGCUACUGGUUUAAUUACACACACAUCCCUAGAGUUUUUGUCAGUGCAAGACAUGUUGUAAUUAGUGUUUCAAAUCCACUGCAGAAAAUAGCGCCUCUGAACAUGUGUCUACAGCUAGCUUUCCUUUGAACCUGCUCUGAACUAUUUACAGUCAAGAAGUUUAUCAUCUUCUCGAGGCAAGUGAGUUAACUGACUAUAAAAGUCCAGUUUCCACCCUUGCCGAACUAGGCUGGUAUUAUGGAGUUACAUUUUGGCUGGGCUAACGAGUCUAUGCAUAGUCCAAUCAAAA